CUACAACUCCCAGAAUGCAUCUCAGCGACCAUCGCGGAGCGUACCACGCGGAAACUAUUCGCCACUGACGUGCUGUGCUGAGUCGAAUGUUCCGAGGGCCUCCGGUAGCGCGUUGGGAAUGGGUUCUCCCGUUCCCACGGCAACGCGCCCUAACAAGCGCCAGCUGCUGCUUGCGGAACUGUGCGGCGCGCACCUCUGCAGCUGUGCCCUAGGCUCAAGCCCGGGCAAGCGCGCGUGGCCCGAGCUCCUCAAGCUCUGCAGUGGAGUGAUCCCCGACUGGAGCAGGGUCCAUCUGAUCCUGGUUGUGGGAUUAGGUGCCUUUUGGAGAGGUGACUCGGCCUCGCAGACAUGGGUUUUCCUUAGCUACCUGCCUACUUCAAGCUACCUUUCCCUAGAGGGAAUAACUUAGACAUCAGUUCAUUUAUUUUUCUGCAGUUUUUCUCUUUUAGCCAAACUUUCUUUCUUUUUCUUGGCGUAGAAAAGGAUUUAUUGAUUUUCAGUGUAAAGUAGGAUUUUGCUGCAAAAGAAGAUCUAAGAACCUUUGUGAAGUUACCCCUCCCAAGAAGCAAUCAUGCCGAUAGAAGGUGGGAAAACAGAUAUGGAGAGGAUUGGCCUCUUCAGUGAGAUGGAAUACAUCACUGUGGGCGACAAAUAUGUGUCACCAUUUAAUCGACCCUUUAAUGAGGCUGCAAGCAAAAAUAGACAGAUGCUACCCGGGGGAACCAAAGAGAUGUCCAAUCUCCAGGCAGGAUACUUUGAUUCCCAGUUUAUAAGGAUUUUUGAAGGGGAAGGCUACGUGAACUUGAAUCAAGUGAGGAGACAGUAUAUGAUGGCAGAAUCCAAAAAGAAUCUAGGCAAAGCCUUCAUCCCUAGUAGUGGAGAGAAAAAGCCAAGUGGAUUAGGAAGCUAUUACGGAACAAUUGGUGGCCCUGUGCCAUUCUUCAGUGCUCAGGUAAAGCCCAGAGACAAGUAUCAGCCGCCCGGGAAGAAUUUAUAUACCAACCCAGGGAAGAAAGGGACUGGCUAUGGCUAUCCCAAUGUUACCAUAGGCAGGCAGCUUUCACACUCUUCUGACUUAUAUGAUGCUGCAAAACAGAAUUAUAAGAAACAAAGUGAAGAACACCAUCGACUAAUCAAAGGGUCACCUUUCAAGUUGCAUCUUCAUCCGAAGGACUAUUUUGAUACUAACCCUUAUUUUUUAGAGCAUCCUUUACCUCCAAUUAGGAGAGAAGAGAAGAAGGAGGUUUCUGUAAAGCCCUUUAAGCCCUCCUCUCCUGGCAAGAAGGCUGGUGGAAUGAAAGCAGGAACAUUUGAACCUUAUCCAGUACACUCAGCUGACCCUUAUGUGGUUAAAGUGGGAAAGGUAAUUACUCCGAAAGGUGAAAAGGUUUUCCACCCACCCAAUGGACCGAAAAGCAGACCCAUUGAAAGUAUAAUGGCACUGAAUGUCAAAAGGGCACUAAAUGUGAAGAACUACAAGAAUGCAUCCUCAGCCACGCUGAGCAAGGAGUUAGUUUUCUAGAUCCUCUUGGUGGCUCAGAGAAUACACAAUGUUUUGGAACAAAUGGCUCCAUAGCAGUUAGAGGAAGUUUAAACAUGAGGCUCAACUCUGACAUCCUUCCUGAUUUUAGUGCUGUUUAAUAAAUAUUGUUGGCUAAUGACAUAA